AUCCCACCAUGUCCGCGACUUCCGCCCCGGGCUCUCUUCAGUCUCCGGCGACCGCCUCCGCCGCCGCUGCGCCCGACCUCUCCAUCCCCUAUGAACUAGCCACCCGCGGGCAGUGGCAAGCACUGCUGGCCCACCUCGCCCACCCCGCCCACGCUCUCCACCCGCACCACCGCCUCCUCCUAUCCGCGCUCUCCGCGCUCUCCCUCGCCAAGCUCCGCCGCUUCCCCGACGCCGCCGCCCUCCUUGCCUCACUCCACCCCGACCCCAACUGCCCGCCGCCGCCCUUCCUCCUCCGCCUUCUCCACGCUCUCCUCCCGCUCUUCUUCCCCGACCGCCCCCUCGCGCUCGACCGCCUCUACACCCUCCUCUCAUCCGUCCGCGCCCGCCCCGACGCCCAGCACCCCGAGUGGCGCCGCCGCGACGCCCUCGUCGCGUCCAUCCUCGCCUCCGAUCACCUCGCCCACCGCGAGUUCGACGUCGCUCUCGCCCUCGUCGCCGAACUGGCCGCCCGCGAGCCAGACAACCCGGUCCUGCUCUCGCGCCUCGCGUAUGCCCACCUCCAGAUCGGCAACCUCGCCGCUGCCUCCGCCGUCUUCAGACAUGUGGAAUCCGUCGUGGCCGACGACUCCUCUCACGCCAACCUCCUGGCUCGCAACCGCGCGCUCGAGUGCAUCGUGGCUAAGGACUACGCCGCUGCGGUGCGGGAGUACGAGCGCUGCAUCGAGGCUGACCCUGCCGACGCCAUCGCCGUGAACAAUAAGGCGCUGUGCCUCAUGUACUCGCGGGACCUCGGCGAUGCCAUCAAGGUGCUCGAGGGUGCGCUAGAGAGGAUGCCCACGGCGGCGCUCAAUGAGACGGUGGUGGUCAACUUGUGCAGCAUGUAUGAGCUUGCCUACGUCAACCACGGCGACGUCAAGCGAACCCUCACUGAUUGGAUCACCAGGGUGGCACCAGAUGACUUCGACAAGUCCUGCACACGCAUGUAGGAGGUACUGGAAAUUCAGCAUUGAAUUAUUUCACCCUGCUCCUAGGAUGUCUUCUGUGGGAGAGACAUUGUGCUGCUAUAGUUGGUCCACACACUGGAUUUGACUGUUCAUGUUUCCAUGAUUUUAUUUUUAGUAUUUUUCUUUGAUCCAGUGAAAUUUAUGCAGUUGAGUAACUUGCUCAACUUGAAUGUACAAUGUGGUUUACAAAUAUGGCGAAUUUCUAGAAUUGUACUGUGCUGUUUGAAAUGCAAUGAUAAUACAUA